ACAAGUGACAUAAGUAUUGCAUGAAUUAAAUUUUUUCAGAGUUAUAAGAAUAAGAGUAUAAAAUUAUGAAAAAAAGAGUUGUAAUAACUGGCAUGGGUGCCAUUUGUCCUGCUGGUGUCAAUAAAUAUACAUCUUGGAAAAAUAUUUUGUCGGGAAAAUCGUUUGUAAGAAAAUUGGACAAUGAUCUUUAUAAAAACAUUCCUUCCAAAAUCGCAGCAACUCUGGAUGGACUGAAGAUUUUACCAGAAUCAGUGCCCAAGAGCAAAGUACGUACAAUGGCCCCUUCGACUCGUCUAGCUCUGAUUGCUGCACAAGAAGCAGUUAAUGAUUCAAAACUUUUUUUGUCUACAGUCGACAAACAAGAUGUUGGGGUCAGUGUAGGAGUAGGAAUGGUGGACUUAGAAGAUGUGUGUCAAACAGCCAAGGCUUUAGAAAUUAGUUAUAGUAAAGUCAGCCCAUACUUUGUGCCACGCAUUCUACUCAAUAUGGCUGCUGGCCAAAUAAGCAUGACUUAUGGUAUACAAGGACCUAAUCAUGCUGUGUCUACUGCUUGUGCGACCGGAGCACAUGCAAUUGGUGAUGGKUUUCGUUUUAUUCAGUAUGGUCAAGCGAAAGCAAUGAUUUGUGGUGCUGCAGAGUCGUGUAUUAGCCCUUUGUCAAUAGCUUCUUUUUGUAGAAUUCGAGCACUMUCUACUCAAAACGAUAAACCCGAAUUGGCAUCAAGACCGUUUGAUGUAAAUAGAGAUGGUUUUGUUAUUGGCGAAGGGUCUGCUAUGCUUAUACUAGAAGAAUUAGAACAUGCUCUUAAUAGAAAUGCUCAUAUUUAUGGAGAARUUUUGGGUUAUGGUCUAUCUGGUGAUGCUUCACACUUAACAGCACCACCAGAAAAUGGCCAAGGAGCCUUAUUAGCCAUGACUAGAGCAAUUUUAGAUGCUAAUUUAGACAAGACACAAAUUUCAUAUGUUAAUGCACAUGCCACCUCAACUCCGGUAGGAGAUGCUAUCGAACUAACAGCAAUUAAAAGACUUUUUGAUGAUCAUUGCAUUAAUGUACAUGUUUCAUCCACAAAAGGUAGUCAUGGUCAUUUACUAGGGUCUGCAGGUAAUUUAGAAAGUAUUUUUACAAUUCUUGCUUGUUAUGAAGGUGUCAUUCCACCAACAGCAAAUCUAAACGAGGUUUGCAAAGAAGCUGAAAAUUUGAUUUGUGUUUCUAAAAGUCCAAUGCUAUGGAAAAAAAGAAAUAGAAUAGCAUUAAAAAAUGCAUUUGGUUUUGGAGGUACAAAUGCAUGUCUCUGUUUUUCUAAUUUUAUUUCAUAAUUUUAAAACUAGUAUAACUUUUAA